AGGAGCAGGAGACUGGCGUGUUCUUAUAAUUCUCGUCGAAUUUUUGCCUUUUCUGUACCUCGGCAGGAAUGGCCUGACACGUGCAAGGUAACUGGCAUCGGUGAAAAUCUGGUUCAAGUUCUCUGCCGUUUGGGUGAAGGCUGUUUUGGAAACCAGCUUGUUGUGGGGUUUUCCCACCCUAACGGCAGUUAUGGAAGACAAAGUACGGGCUGCCGUGGCUGCUGUCCAGGCCAAGGAAAAUGAGUAUCUGAAGGAUCUGGAGAUGAGUACAAUGAUGCUGAAGUGGAUAGCUGAAGAAUGUGAAAGGGAGAAUGAGUCGGAGAAGGUGCAGCAACUGGAGGAAGGCGUGCUAGAUGUAGUGAAAUGCAUGAAUGAGUUGAAGCACCAUAUCGACGCGUUGGAAACAGUGCGUCAGGAAUAUAAAUACGAGGGGGAGCCAACAGACUUUGCACACAUAUUGCAGGUUCAAGAGAAGCAUUUCAGCGACACACGACCAGAAAACCCAAAGGACAACUCUUGGUACAAGAAGUUUGAGGAAGCUGUGUGGAAUGUUCAUCAUGCGGGCAUCCCUGUCGGCGGACACGGGGAUGAUGAAGAUGUUAUCAUAACCAAUUCCCAGUUUAAUCUCGUGAAUCACUCCUGUCCGCUGACUGGCCGAUUGGUGACGGACCUGGAGGACCCAGUUUGGCAUGUCGAAUGUCAUCAUGUCUAUUCUCUCGAGGGUGUGGAGAACCACCUGAAGACCGUUAGGCAAAGGUCGUGUCCCUGCCCUUCCUCUGGCUGCCCACGCAAGUUGACUCGCAACAGUGUUAAAUGUGAUAAUGAACUCCUUGCGCAAAUUGAGGAAAUGCGGCAUCGGCAAAAUGCAGGAUCAAGUGCCAGACCUGCAGUAAGUGUGGCAGACAUUGCAGCGGAUGAAGAGGAGGAUGAUAGUGACGCGGAGGAGAGCGAGGAGGAGGAGAUGUCGUAAUCAAUGUCGAGGUUGGAGCUUGUAAACGGGGCGGCAUUAAAAGGUUGAAAUGGGAGCGAAAGAUGCUGCGGGCCCUUUGGGGCUAGCAGCUUCACACGGGUAUGGCACAUCGCCCUCUUUUUCGUUCUGCAGGCUGGUAUGCAACCUUGAACCCCCCAUCGCACGGUCUAUAAUGCUGGUCCUAGGAGUGUCUGGUGUUGCAGGUUUUCUUGACUUGCCUGUAUAUUUUGAGAGCAUGGUAGAGAGAGAAUUUCAGCGGCAACUGUACCACUUGACUGGGAGGUGGAGGAGUGAGCGUUGCGGAGCAAGAGCAUCGAUCGCUCUGUACCCCUACCUUCUGGUUGCACUAUUUGGCACAAAAAAGUUUUGACUGAUGCUUUGCUUUGUCCCUCUGCACAGUGAGUGGUGUCUUGUUUUCAGCUUCAUUUCCCCCCCUCUGUCCCCAAGCCUCGCUUCGCCCAGUGCUCAGUGCGUUCCCUUCGCGUCACAUGUUGUGAGGCAGUAGCAUCGUUUUUCUCUCAAGUUGGAUGUCAAUGUCACAUGUCAAUGUCACAGUCGAGUCUUAGAAGGUGGGCAAGCAAAUGAGACGGAGGGUUAAUUUCGUUCGUUUCAGUUCUGUAAUACAUACCUCGAGAUGCGGCUCCCAUGCGUGGUUGCCUUUCCUUGUUUAUGGAAAAGAUUGGCGUUUGCUGUUGCGCAGCCGGAGCUGUCUCGUUUGGUGAAUGUCCUUGCUGCUGAUUGUGGUGUGCCUACCGUUUUGCAUUUGAAACACGUUCAUCGAUUGAUGUCUUCAGGCAGAUUGCUAUUUCAUUCUGCAGCGUGAAUAGCAUUGGCACCCAAGAAGCAUCAUGCUCGCGACUUAGUGGCGGUCAGUAGAUGUAGGGUAAUUGUCAACGCAUGGCUAGUGGUAAAUGAUUCGUUCGUUGUUUAGUGGACUUGCGUCAGAUAUCUGUCAGGCUAUGCCAAUGUUAUUGUUUCUCUGUACGAGUAGAAUGUUUCCUCCUUUUCUCGCCGUGAUAAUUCCAGUUCCCGAGGUUGUGGUUACACUUGUGGGCAACUUGCUGUUUGGCUUUUGUUUUUCCCCUUUCUUGCCGGCUUUGCCGGGAACCCUGUGCUGUUUGAAACAACCCCACUACCUCCUAGCCUCUUUUCGCCGAGGCGGAUCCCGCUUUCAUGCCAAGCCUUGCCGAAGCGACAGCGCGCUGUUUUCUUUUUAUCUGUUGGCCUGCGCUGCCAGUUAUCGAGGUCCGGUAGCCCCGAGCCUUGGUACCGCCCGCCCUUGGUCUAAUAUGCCCUAAUAUGUUACUUUUGUUAUUCUCGACCUUGCCUGGGAAAGGUAGUGUUUGUUUCAGUCUGUGUCCUGUGCACCGCCCUUGGUCUAAUAUGUUCUAGGUGUGCACUGUGCAUUGUGUACGCCUAAUGUGGUGUUCAAGUGGCUGUCAGUAUGUUUGGUACUGUCGUCAAAGUGGCAUGUCAAAGUCCGUCUUCUGGACUCUUCGUAGUGCACUGGUUUAAUGUCUUUUGGAAGGGUGUUGGUAAUGUUUGCAGAGACUAGCAGGAAUUCGGUGACCGCAGGUAGUAAUGUGAAAACACCGUGUAUGGCGCUUCAAGCUGUUUUUCAGCUUUCGGCUCUUCUUUCUCAUAUGAGACGUUUGAUUGCGAAACUUUGGCUGAGGGGUAAUGGCUGCGGAUAGUAUCCAUCCCUCCCACACCAGGAAUUUGUAAAGCACGACUCAGUUGUUGAAGAAUUAAUGCUGAACAGGAUUGGGUAUCGCUUCCUACCUGCCCUUGAAUAUGAAUAAGAGGAUAGCAUGGUGAUGGACCCAGUGUAUAUAUGCAACGGCGUGAGCUGAGGGAACUCUGAGCAGUAAGAGAGAGUGAGAGAGAGAGCUCCUGUGAGUGCUCACCCAAGGUUAACAUGGCAGGAAGUUUGCGCACUGGAGA